AUGUCCAGCAGCUGUUGGUGAGAGAAGACGUUCCUCCUGAGCAGCAGGAGUGGAGCUCCAGUGUGGACCAGGAGGCCCUGCAUAUUAAAGAGGAGCAGGAGGAGCUGUGGGGCAGUCAGGAGGAUCUCGACAAGUUCCCGUUCAUAGCUGUCCCAGUGAAGAGUGAAGAUGAGGAAGAGAAACCCCUGUCCUCACAGCUUCAUCAAACCGAGGACAUGGAAGCAGACGGAGAGGACUGUGGAGGACAAGAACCGGCCAAGAACUCAGAUCCGCGUCCAGAUCCUCAUGACAAAACCGGAGACUCCUCUGAGACCGACGUCAGCGAUGAUGACUGGACGGAGCCCUCGGGACUUCAGUCAGGUUUAAACUCCGUUGUGAAUAAUGGACGUAACUCCGAGAAGGAGACAUUCAUCUGCUCCGAGUGUGGAAAACCGUUCGUCCACAAGACGAAUCUGAAAAGACACAUGAGGUGUCACACAGGAGAGAAACCGUUCAGCUGCUCGUUUUGCAGUAAAAGCUUCACUCGGAGGGAGCACUUGGUGGCUCACGUGAGGUGUCACUCAGGAGAGAAACCUUUCAGCUGCUCCGUUUGUGACACGAGCUUCAGUCACGGUUGGUCUUUGGAGAAGCACAUGAGGGUCCACACCGGGGAGAAACCAUUCGGCUGCUCGCUUUGCGGCAAAAGGUUCAGGCAGCGCUCAGACUUGGUCGCACACUUCAGAAUCCACACAGGAGAAAAACCUUUUCGCUGCUCGGUUUGCAACACAAGUUUCACUCAGAGACACACGUUGGUCCAGCACAUGAGGACCCACACGGGGGCAAAACCGUUCGUCUGCUCGGUUUGCGGAAAGAGCUUCUCACGGAAGGGACACAUGACGAGACACAUGACGGCUCACACAGGAGAGAAACCGUUCAGCUGCGGCGUUUGUGACAGACGCUUCACCUGGCAGUCGCAGUUUAAAAGACACGAGUGCGCUGGUGGGAGCAGCAGAGCGUCAACCGAACAUUAAAAAGCAACCCGGAAAAAAAACUUCCGGAUGUCUUUCACCUGUAUUCAAAGGUUGACAAGAGUAACGUGCAGGUACAGAUGCAGCUGUCCUGUCUCUACCUGUCCCCAGGACUGUAAAUGUUACAAAAAAAUAAAAAAUAAUUAAUACAA